AAUCGAAGCACCGCGCAGUAAACGUCAUCGCCACUUUUGGUUUUUGGGUCCAUUUUACCGGCCAUGAUUUUUUUGUUUGGAGGCACUGCGUUUUGCAUUUAGAGACGUAGGAGGGAUUCCCUUCGAUUUUAGAGAGAGAGAGAGAGAGAGAGAGAGAGAGAGAGAGAGAGAGAGAGAGAGUUACAGUGAGGAAGAGAGAGAGAGUGUGUAUUAGCGCUGAUUAAUGGCAUCAAAGGUUGCAUGUUGCGGGGUCCAAUUCUGGCUUUACUUGCUGGCCAUCAUCGGAUUGGUCACUUUUGCAGGUCUAAUGGCCGGCCUCACACUGGGCCUCAUGUCCCUCGGCCUGGUGGACCUCGAGGUGCUCAUCAAGUCUGGCCAACCCAAAGACAGGAAGAACGCUGCAAAGAUAUUUCCUGUUGUUAAAAAUCAGCAUCUAUUACUGUGCACUCUCUUGAUUGGCAAUUCCUUGGCUAUGGAGGCUCUUCCAAUUUUCCUCGACAUGUUGGUUCCUUCGUGGGCUGCUAUAUUGAUCUCUGUCACUUUGAUACUCAUGUUUGGAGAGAUUCUUCCACAAGCUAUAUGUUCACGCUAUGGAAUGAGCGUUGGAGCAAUUAUGGCACCAGUUGUUCGUGUUCUCCUGGCGAUCUUCUUUCCUGUUGCAUAUCCCAUUAGUAAGAUUCUGGAUGGUCUUCUAGGGAAAGGGCAUGCUGUCCUUUUACGAAGGGCAGAGCUGAAGACAUUUAUGGAUUUUCAUGGCGACAAGGCUGGAAAGGGUGGGGAUUUAUCACAAGAUGAGACAACCAUUAUUUCUGGGGCCCUUGACUUAACUCAAAAGACUGCUAAGGAUGCCAUGACUCCUAUAUCAAAAACAUUUUCUCUUGAUCUAGAUGGCAUUCUUGAUGUGCAGACAUUGAAUUUGGUUAUGUCAAAAGGUCAUAGCAGAAUUCCUGUUCACUCUGGAAAUCCUACCAAUAUAAUUGGUCUCAUCCUAGUAAAGAAUCUCCUAACAAUUAACCCAAAAGAUGAUGUUCCUCUAAGGAAAAUGACCAUUCGCAAAAUACCUCGGGUUUCGGAAAGCAUGCCUCUUUAUGAUAUGCUGAAUGAAUUUCAGAAGGGCCAUAGCCACAUAUCAGUAGUUGUGAAGGACGUUAACGAGACUGCAGAGUCCUCAAACAAAACUAGUGAACCUAAUUCCCAUCAGGAAAAGAAGUUGAAUGGCUGUGUGACAAAAUCCCUGCCAGAUAGUAAAUUAAAUAAAGAAGAUCAUAACACUAACUUCACUAGGAGCAGCCAGUUGGGAGGGUCCAAAUCUGAGAUAUCUGAUUCUAACCCUGUGUGGAUCAGGAAGGAUGGAGAACAAAAGUUGAGAGAUGGAGCUUCUGCACCUGCUGAUUUAAAGAAGCGAAACAGAGGUAGCAUGGAGUUUGUUCUUAAUAGCGAUCAGGGUUUUGUUCCAGAUAUUCAAUACGACGAUGAAGCUGUGGGCAUUAUCACUAUGGAGGAUGUGAUUGAAGAACUCUUACAGGAGGAGAUAUUGGACGAAACCGACGAGUAUAUUAACGUUCAUAACAGGAUAAAGGUGAAUGUGAAAGCAUCAUCUCCAAGGAUGCCCCAAAUUUCAUCAUCCCCGUCACGACAGAUGCCUGGAAUGGUUCCAUCUUAUCGCGGCCACAGUCCAAUGCAGCAAUCGCCUGUUUCCUCUUGUCCUGCUGCUCCGGGUUCCACUCGGACACUCUCGACCUCAGGAGGUACUUCAAUUGCAGGUUCCUCUGAUAUGACAGGUUUGCAAGGUUCUGAUACAGGAAUUUGCAAGAGAGACAAUUGAGAUACCAGAGGUUGUGGUCUUUGAUUUAUACAAGUUAUGAAUUCGUAGUAAGAACAUUAAGCAGCGCUCUGUCAGAGCAAAUAGAUGAGGGAAGACAACUCUUGAGUGGGGGACAGCCUAAAUGUCCCAGUCAUAUGGAUGGUGCAUAAUCAUUAUUUCAUACGUGCGCUCUCAACACUUUAUCCAGAGAGAGAGAGAGAGAGAGAUUCUUUGAUUUACUUGGAAAAAGAAAGAAAAAAAUUCUUGUUGGAUCUAAAAAAUUAUUAAUGUCUUGUGAUGAUUGGAAGGAGAAUUAAUUACAA